CUGCCUUUGACUCUGUCUCCUCUCUCAGAUAAUGGUGUUGACUUUGUGGUCAGUGAUCCUGCAAUGGUCACAUUUGACGAGGGAGCAGUCGAUGGAGUGACUGAAUGCAUCAGUAUUUCUAUUCUUAACGACAAUGAUUUUGAGAACGACCAUUCAUUUCAAGCUCAAAUUAUGGCUGUUUCUCCAGCCGAUAAGCCAACAGUUCUCGAUAGUACUCUUGCAACUAUUCUGAUUCAAGAUAAUGAUGAUGCUACUGUGUCACUGAAUAUGGCCACAUACACGGGAACUGAAGGAGACACCACAUUUGAUGAUGUCUGUGCAGUAGCAAUGCUCUCUGGAGUUGUUGGAAGUUUUGAGGUUGAUUUGGUGGUCACACUUGGUACUUCAGACGACUCAGCUGUGAGUGCUAGUGACUUCACUCUAACCACGUCAAUGGUCACCUUUGGCUCUGGAGAUAUCUCUGGGAGUUCCAAGUGUUUUGUGUUCGAUCUGACCGAAGAUACGAUACUGGAAAAUGAUGAGGAAUUUAAUGUGGAAAUAACAGGUGCUGGAGGAGCUAGUUUGGGAGCUCAAUCAACAGCAGUUGUUACAAUUGAAGACAAUGAUGCGGGAGAGGUUAUGGCAGUUAUGGCUGAUCUCAGUAUUGCUGAAGGGGGUAAUGAUGAUUUCUGCAUUAGACUGAUUGGCACAACUGGCUCUCCAAAUAUGCUGGCCAGUGACCUGACAGUUACCUUUUCAAUUACCAACGACAAUGCAGCGGCUGCUGACUAUACUCUGACGCCAGCAGCUGCAACAUCCGUCACAAUUUUAGCAGGAGCCAUACCCAGUUCAGAUUGUGUGACUGUGGAUGCAGUUGAUGACCUCUUUGUAGAGGGAGCUGAACGCUUUACUUUUACCAUUACUUCGGAUGAUCAAGCUGAUGUCACCAUUGAUGCAACAUCAUCAACCACUCUAGUGACCAUUCCAGCUAAUGAUGGUGGAGCUGGAGUGGCCGGGUUUAUGUUCUUUGAUCCCACUCUAACCGUAUCGGAAUCGGAUACUAGCCCAUUAAUGCUGUGUGUACAACUGGACCUCACGACAGCAGGUGCCAGUCUCGGAUGUGAUACAACUAUCACUGUCGAUAUCCUGGAUGGAACUAAUGCAGAUAAUGGUGUUGACUUUAUGGUCGAUGAUCCUGCAAUGGUCACAUUUGACGAGGGAGCAGUCAAUGGAGCGACUGAAUGCAUCAGUAUUUCUAUUCUUAAUGACAAUGAUUUUGAGAACGACCAUUCAUUUCAAGCUCAAAUUAUGGCUGUUUCUCCAGCCGAUAAGCCAACAGUUCUCGAUAGUACUCUUGCAACUAUUCUGAUUCAAGAUAAUGAUGAUGCUACUGUGUCACUGAAUAUGGCCACAUACACUGGAACUGAAGGAGACACCACAUUUGAUGAUGUUUGUGCAGUAGCAGUGCUCUCUGGAGCUGGUGGAAGUUUUGAGGCUGAGUUGGUGGUCACACUUGGUACUUCUGACGGCUCAGCAGAGAGUGCUAGUGACUUCAGUCUAACCACGUCAAUGGUCACCUUUGGCUCUGGAGAUAUCUCUGGGAGUUCCAAGUGUUUUGUGUUCGAUCUGACCGAAGAUACGAUACUGGAAGGUGAUGAGGAAUUUGAUGUGGAAAUAACAGGUGCUGGAGGAGCUAGUUUGGGAGCUCAAUCAACAGCAGUUGUUACAAUUCAAGACAAUGAUGCGGGAGAGGUUCAAGUUACAGAUACCACUCUCAGUAUUGUUGAAGGGAAUAUGGCUAUGUUCUGUGUGGAACUGACUGCUACAGACGGCUCUCCAGAUAUGCUGGCCAAUAGCCUGACAGUUACCUUUUCAACAGUGGAAUCUGGCAAAGCUGUGGGCGCUGAUUAUUCCUUGAUGCCACUAGCUGCAACAACCAUCACAUUAUCAGCUGGAGUCAUACCCACUUCUAAUUGUGUGACUGUGUUGGCUACUGACGACGCCAUAGUAGAGGCAGAUGAAGACUUUACUAUCGUGAUAACCAUGACUGAUCUGACAGAUGUCACUGUUGGAACAGAUGACACAACUACUGUAACCAUUCCCUCUAAUGAUGGUCCGGCUAUGGUGCGCUGUUCUCAGGCUACCUUCACUGUGGCUGAAGGGAACUCGAUCGAUGUUUGUCUUGAGCUGGUACUUCCUCCUACUGCAACUUCUCUGGGAUGUGAUGUGUCUGCCUCACUAAGCACUAGUGAUGGACCACGUGCAGUUCUUGGGUCUGAUUUUACCGCGCCUUCUGGAACUGCAAUGUUUUCUGUUGGUAGCGUGAGUGGAGCGACGGAUUGCAUUACUGUUACUACGAUCGACGAUGACGACUAUGAGUCAACUCACACGUUCAUGACAAUAAUUCAAACACCAACUGGUCCUGCUAUGGCUGAUGCUUCACCCUGCAGUGUUGAGAUAACUGAAGACGAU